AGGCUCAGCCCUCCUCGGAGCCCACCAUCUCGAGGCUCCCGGACUGUAAGGGACCCCUGCAGUCCCCAGAGCUGAGGCCAGCAGGGGCUGAGACUAUGAGGCAAGCAGCCCAUCGACCCAGACCUCCUUAGGACCAGCCCAGUCACCCAGCAAGCGAGAAAGCAGCAGCGGAGAGCAGAGCCGGAGAUAAAGGACCACAGCAGACCACUGGGGAUCACCCCCAGCAGCUCCUGAAGACCCUGGCCGGGCUGAGGGGUUGCGACGGAAGGCCAGACCCACAGACACUGACAGACACACAACGACAACGAUGCACACAGCUGCACGACACUGACACACUCAGAUACAACCAGUGACAGCAUCACAUACUGCCACAGCCCUGCAAUACAGACACCCACACACACACAGAAACAACUGGCAACUCUGAAAUGGGCAGACAGUGACACACAGCACCACCCCCCUCAACACACAGAAGUGGGGGCACCCAUCUUCCCAACACACGAGACAACAUUGACCUGCACGGACAGACCUGGAGACACACACACGCACCCUCACCCAGGCGUAGCUGUCGGUGGCCUCUGCACAUCCUCCCCACCCCCACGGGGACACCCUCGCUCCUCCACACACUCGCGCACACACACAGAGCCACCAGCAAACAUAGCUCACAUACCCCUGGCUCCAGCUCCGGCAGCCCUGGCGCCUUCUGCAGCCUCCUUUGUAGGUGGGGAAGAGCUCAGCCAACCCUGGAUGGAGUGUCGGUGAAGCAAGAGCUCAGAGGGGAGCGGGGCUGGCCUGGCAUGACCCUUGCCAGUCCCCCCACCUGGCUGGGUGAUGUCCCCUGGCCCAGGUUCUGGGGACCCUUGGCAGUACCAUGGAGCAACUGACAACCCUCCCACGGCCUGGGGACCCUGGAGCCAUGGAGCCAUGGGCACUGCCCACCUGGCAGAGCUGGACUCCAGGUCGAGGGGGUGAACCUGGCAAUGCAGCCCCAAGUGUCGCUGAUACUCCUCCAGCAGCUCUGCAGCUUCCAGAACUGAGGUCUGAGGAGAGUUCCGAGCCCAAAGGAGCCAGGAGCUCUGGGCCCAUUGGGGGCACUGACCCUGAAGAAGCAGAGGCUUGUCUGCCCAGCCUGGGCCAGCAAGCAUCGAGCUCUGGACCCACCUGCCAGAGGCCAGAGGAUGAGGAAGUAGAGGCUUUCCCAAAGGCCAAGCUGAAUAUGGGCUUUGGGGACAGGCCCAAUCUGGAGCUGCUGAGGGCCCUGGGGGAGCUGCGGCAGCGCUGUGCCAUCCUUAAGGAGGAAAACCAGAUGCUGAGGAAGAGCAGCUUCCCUGAGACGGAAGAGAAGGUGCGGAGGCUGAAGAGGAAGAACGCCGAGCUGGCGGUCAUUGCCAAGCGCCUGGAGGAGAGGGCCCGAAAGCUGCAGGAAACGAACCUGAGGGUGGUGAGUGCCCCCUUGCCCCGGCCGGGGGCCAGCUUGGAGUUGUGUCGGAAGGCCCUAGCCCGCCAGCGAGCCCGGGACCUCAGUGAGACAGCCAGUGCACUGCUGGCCAAGGACAAGCAGAUUGCUGCCUUGCAGCGGGAGUGCAGGGAGCUGCAGGCCAGGCUCACCCUGGUGGGCAAGGAGGGUCCCCAGUGGCUCCACGUGCGGGACUUCGAUCGGUUGCUGCGCGAGUCCCAGCGGGAGGUGCUGCGGCUGCAGAGGCAGAUCGCGCUGCGCAACCAGCGGGAGACGCCCCCGCGCCCGCCGUCCCGGCCCCCGGGCCCUGCUCUCCCGGCCAGAGCAGAGGCGCCGGCUCCCGGGGCCCCGGGAGAGGCCACACCCCAGGAGGAUGCAGACAACCUACCCGUGAUUCUAGGGGAGCCAGAGAAAGAGCAGAGGGUGCAGCAGCUGGAAUCGGAGCUCAGCAAGAAGCGGAAGAAAUGCGAGAGCCUGGAGCAGGAAGCCCGGAAAAAACAGAGGCGAUGUGAGGAGCUGGAACUGCAGCUGAGAGAAGCGCAGAAUGAGAAUGCCCGCCUGGUGGAGGAGAACUCCCGGCUCAGUGGGAGAGUCACAGAGAAGGAGCAGGUGGAGUGGGAGAAUGCGGAGCUGAGGGGCCAGCUCCUGGGGGUGACACAGGAGAGGGACUCAGCCCUUCGCAAGAGCCAGGGCCUGCAAAGCAAGCUGGAGAGCCUGGAGCAAGUGCUGAAGCACAUGCGGGAGGUGGCCCAGCGGCGACAGCAGCUGGAGGUGGAGCAUGAACAGGCUCGGCUCAGCCUGCGGGAGAAGCAGGAGGAGGUCCGGAGGUUGCAGCAGGCCCAGGCAGAAGCCAAGAAGGAACAUGAAGGAGCCGUGCAGCUGCUGGAGUCUACCUUGGAUUCCAUGCAGGCCCGGGUUCGAGAGCUCGAGGAACAGUGCCGCAGCCAAACCGAGCAGUUCAGCCUCCUGGCACAGGAACUCCAGGCCUUCCGCCUGCACCCGGGCCCCUUGGAUCUGCUCACAUCUGCCCUGGACUGCGGGACCCUUGGAGACCGCCCACCACCCCCCUGCUGCUGCUCCACUCCCCGGCCUUGCCGGGGGUCUGGCCCCAAAGACCUUGACCUCCCGCCGGGCUCCCCUGGGCGCUGCACCCCAAAGUCUUCCGAGCCUGCCCCUGCCACCCUCACUGGGGUCCCUCGAAGGACAGCCAAGAAGGCAGAAUCUCUCUCCAACUCCUCCCACUCCGAGUCCAUCCACAACAGCCCCAAGUCAUGCCCUACACCUGAGGUGGACACAGCCAGUGAGGUAGAGGAGCUGGAGGCAGACAGUGUCUCCCUGCUCCCAGCCACGCCAGAGGGCAGCCGGGGAGGAGCCAGGAUCCAGGUCUUCCUAGCUCGUUAUAGCUACAACCCCUUUGAGGGCCCCAAUGAGAAUCCAGAAGCAGAGCUUCCGCUGACAGCUGGCGAGUACAUCUACGUCUAUGGCAACAUGGAUGAGGAUGGCUUUUUUGAAGGAGAGCUCAUGGAUGGCCGAAGGGGCCUGGUCCCUUCCAAUUUUGUAGAGCGUGUGUCGGAUGACGACCUCCUGACCUCCCUCCCUCCGGAGCUGGCCGAUUUGUCCCACAGCUCAGGCCCUGAACUCAGUUUCCUGAGUGUGGGUGGGGGUGGCAGCAGUAGCGGGCAAAGCAGCGGGGGACGGAGCCAGCCCAGACCUGAGGAGGAGGAUGCAGGGGACGACCUCAGUGUGAGCCCAUCACCGGAGGGCCUGGGCGAGCCUCCCGCUGUGCCUUACCCCCGCUGUCUGGUGGUCCUCAAGCAGCUGGCCCACAGUGUGGUGCUGGCCUGGGAACCCCCUCCUGAGCGAGUGGAGCUACACGGUUUCCAUAUCUGUGUGAAUGGGGAGCUGCGGCAGGCCCUGGGGCCUGGGGCGCCACCCAAGGCUGUGCUGGAGAACCUGGACCUGCGGGCCGGGCCUCUUCACAUUUCUGUCCAGGCCCUGACCAGCCGGGGCAGCUCCGACCCACUGCGCUGUUGCUUGGCGGUGGGUGCCCGGGCUGGAGUGGUGCCCAGCCAGCUGCGGGUCCAUCGGUUGACAGCCACAUCUGCUGAGAUCACCUGGGUGCCCGGCAAUAGCAACUUGGCCCAUGCCAUCUACCUCAAUGGGGAAGAGUGCCCACCUGCCAGCCCCAGUACCUACUGGGCCACCUUCUGCCACUUACGGCCUGGCACACCCUAUCAGGCCCAAGUGGAGGCUCAGCUCCCACCCCAAGGGCCCUGGGAACCAGGCUGGGAGAGGCUGGAGCAGCGGGCUGCCACCCUGCAGUUCACCACACUCCCAGCAGGCCCGCCUGAUGCCCCUCUGGAUGUGCAGAUCGAGCCUGGGCCCUCCCCUGGAAUCUUGAUCAUCAGUUGGCUCCCAGUCACCAUCGAUGCUGCUGGCACAUCCAACGGUGUCCGGGUCACAGGCUAUGCCAUCUAUGCUGAUGGGCAGAAGAUCAUGGAGGUGGCCUCGCCCACGGCAGGCAGUGUGCUGGUGGAGUUGUCCCAGCUGCAGCUGCUGCAGGUGUGUCGUGAGGUGGUCGUGCGUACCAUGUCGCCCCACGGGGAGUCGGCGGACUCCAUCCCGGCUCCUAUCACUCCCGCCCUGGCUCCAGCCAGCCUGCCGGCCCGAGUCUCCUGCCCCUCACUGCGACCAAGCCCAGAGGCCAGAGCACCCCUUGCUUCAGCCUCCCCAGGGCCUGGAGACCCCAGCUCUCCUCUCCAGCACCCUGCUCCCCUUGGAACUCAAGAGCCCCCAGGAGCACCCCCUGCAAGCCCUUCCAGAGAGAUGCCAAAAGGGUCCCACGAGGAUCCUCCAGCACCUUGCUCCCAGGUACCCUGUUCGGGGAGAGGGGAGCAGGUGCAUGCUGGGAGAGGGACCUGGGCUUGGGUCCUUCCUCAGUGCUCUCUGUUCCAGGAGGAGGCUGGGACAGCAGUGCUGGGCACCUCAGAGGAGAGGACAGCCAGCACAUCCACCCUGGGUGAGAAGGACCCUGGCCCCGCAGCUCCCUCACUGGCCAAGCAGGAGGCCAAGUGGACUGCAGGAGAGGCCUGCCCGGCCCCCAGCUCCGCCCAGGGAGCACUGGCCCAGCAGGCGCCAAAUACCGAGGCGUGCCAAGGAGGAGACCCAGGGUCUGGGCUGAGGCCCAGGGCUGAGAAGGAGGACGCGGCAGAGCUUGGGGGUCAUCUGGUGAACUCCCUCGUGGACCACAGCCGCAACUCAGACCUGUCAGACAUCCAGGAGGAAGAGGAGGAGGAGGAGGAGGAAGAGGAGCUGGGUUCCAGGACUUGCUCCUUCCAGAAGCAGGUUGCUGGCAACAGCAUCAGGGAGAACGGGGCCAAGUCCCAGCCCGACCCCUUUUGUGAGACUGACAGCGAUGAGGAGAUCUUGGAGCAGAUCCUGGAGCUGCCCCUCCAGCAGUUCUGCAGCAAGAAGCUCUUUAGCAUCCCCGAGGAGGAGGAGGAGGAAGAGGAGGACGAGGAGGAGGAGAAGCCAGGGGCAGGCUGUUCUUCCCAAGAGCCUGGCCCGCCUGAACCUGCAUUGCUGGGGCUGGGCUGUGACAGUGGUCAGCCUCGAAGACCUGGCCAGUGUCCCUUGUCUCCUGAGCCCUCCAGGGCUGGAGACUGCCUGGAGGACAUGCCUGGAUUAGUUGGUGGAAGCAGUCGGAGGAGAGGAGGGGGCUCCCCUGAGAAGCCCCCAAGCCGCAGGCGGCCUCCAGAUCCCCGUGAACACUGCAGCCGACUUCUCAGCAACAAUGGGCCCCAGGCCUCUGGACGACCCGGCCCCACGCGGGAGAGGGGUGGCCUCCCUGUAAUUGAGGGCCCCAGGACUGGACUAGAGGCUAGCGGGAGAGGGCGGCUGGGCCCUUCCCGGAGGUGCUCCCGUGGCCGGGCGCUGGAGCCUGGCCUGGCCAGCUGCCUUUCCCCCAAGUGCUUGGAAAUCAGCAUUGAAUAUGACUCGGAGGACGAGCAGGAGGCGGGCAGUGGGGGCAUCAGCAUCACCAGCUCCUGCUACCCUGGAGAUGGGGAGGUCUGGGGCACAGCAACCAUAGGAAGGCCCAGGGGGCCUCCGAAGGCCAAUUCAGGCCCCAAACCCUACCCACCCCUCCCAGCCUGGGAGAAAGGGGAGCCAGAGCGGAGAGGCCGCAGUGCGACGGGCAGAGCCAAGGAGCCACUCUCCCGGGCAACAGAGACCAGAGAAGCCAGAGGGCAGGACAGCUCUGGGCGGAGAGGCCCCCAGAAGAGAGGUGCCCGAGUCCCCAGGCCAAGCACUGCAGAGCUAGUCCCUGUGAGGAGCCCGUCAGAAGCAUUGGCUUACCAGCACCUACCCGUCAGGAUCUUUGUGGCUCUGUUUGACUACGACCCCGUGUCAAUGUCGCCCAAUCCUGAUGCUGGAGAAGAAGAGCUUCCCUUCCGAGAGGGUCAGAUCCUGAAGGUGUUUGGGGACAAGGAUGCCGACGGCUUCUACCGGGGCGAAGGUGGCGGCCGGACAGGCUACAUUCCCUGCAACAUGGUGGCUGAAGUGGCUGUGGACAGCCCUGCCGGGAGACAGCAGCUGCUCCAGCGGGGUUAUUUGUCCCCAGAUAUUCUCCUCGAGGGCUCAGGGAAUGGUCCCUUUGUGUGCUCCACAGCCCGCACAACUGGGCCUCCUCCCAAGCCCCGCCGCUCCAAGAAAGCUGAGUCGGAAGGCUCUGCCCAGCCCUGUCCAGGCCCCCCUAAGCUGGUUGCCUCCGCUGAGCUGAAAGCUCCCCACUCCAUGGUGGCUGCAUUUGACUACAACCCCCAGGAGAGUUCCCCCAAUAUGGACGUCGAGGCAGAGCUGCCCUUCCGGGCAGGGGAUGUCAUUACUGUGUUUGGGGGCAUGGACGAUGACGGUUUCUACUAUGGGGAAUUAAAUGGACAAAGGGGCCUGGUUCCAUCCAACUUCCUGGAGGGCCCUGGGCCUGAGGCAGGAGGCCUGGACAGGGAACCCAGGACACCCCAGGCUGAGAGUCAGGACUGGGGCUGCACCACACAAGGGCCCCCCGGGCCCCCAGGUGGGCCCUGUGCUCCCAGCCCUGACAGCGCCCCCAGGAUCGAACGUGGGGAGCCCCAGGGCAGAAGCGAGAAGGUGUGGGGUUUCUUCUCCAAGGGGAAACAGCUCCUCAGGAGGCUGGGCUCUGGGAAGAAGGAGUGAAGCUGUGGCCCAUCCUGCAGGCAGAAGAGGCCCUGAGAGGCCCCCAGACCACCGUCUCUGCUGAGCAGGGAAGGCUCAGACUGGGCCCAGAGCCCCUGUUCUUCUGCAUUAACACUGUGGCACUCAGAGGAUCAAAGAGCCUCCGUGAAGGUCAGAGCUAGAUGGCUCCUUAAGGAUGAACUCUCUAGAGAAGCACCUUCCUCCUACAGUAGGGGAAACUGAGCCCACAGUGAGUAUGUAACUCGACCAAGGUCACUGAGCCAGGACUGGACCCAGGACCCUCGCAUCCUGGUCCACCCACCUCGUCUACUAGUGUCCCACAGUGCUGCGCUAGUCCCUUCUGCCACCCUCCCCAGUCCCAGGAUGGGCCCUGCGGGGAGAAAGGAGCCUGUGUCCCCUGAUGGCUUUGGCUGUCCUGAUCAUGUCUUCCCUCCCCUGAAGGAAAGUUUGCACUGGAUUUUCUUGGAGCCCCACCUCCCCAGCGGGCAGGCGGGCGGAGCCGUGUAUAUAUGUACAUACUCAGUGCCUCAGUUCAGCUUCUUCCACCUCGCUUCCACUGCAAGGCCCCGGAAGGAGAAAGGCCAAGCCAAAGCAGGCCCCACCCCGCCCCCGUCGUGCUCCACCCCUCCUUGCCGGGGCCUCCUGGCCCUUGUAUGGUCCCGCCCCCAAAGACCCUGGGGCCCGCGGGGCCGAAAGCGGAGUUGGGUUUGCCUUAUUUUGCUCAUUGGAUUCAAGUUCUUUUGCAUAGUUUUCUUUUAACCCCUGUUGGAGUCCAGGGGCUGGAGAAAAGGACAGAUUUAUGCAACUAUUUUCAUACAUUCCCCGUUCAGAGUGGGGUAGGGGGUUCUCCACCCUUACCCUAUCCACUCCAUCCCCCACCCUCUGCCGGGUGAGUGUCUCUUUGCAUGUUUCCUUUGCUGUGGUGGGAGAUUGUUUGACUGAACCCCCAUUCCCACCUUGGUCUCCAGGGGUGUGGAAUGGUGGGGGAAUUUGUUUAAAAAGACAUUUUAUUAUAAUAAAGUCUAUUUUCACAAAAUC